GCAGGAUGCAGUGUUGCAGUAAUAACAAAGUGCACGGUUAUUAUCGCUGAAAGUGACAAGUCCAAACUCAGCCAUGGCGGAGAAUCAGGAAUGGGAAAAGCCUGUGGAGGGGAGAGGGAGAUUAACAGCUGUCCUGGCACUGGCAACACUCAUAUCUGCAUUUGGUUCAUCCUUCCAGUAUGGAUAUAAUGUGGCUGUGGUCAACUCUCCAACACCGUUCAUGCAACAGUUUUAUAAUGACACCUACCUGGAGCGUUACGGCAGACCAAUGGAGGAUAACUUCCAGACUCUGCUGUGGUCUCUGACUGUGUCCAUGUACCCUCUGGGAGGCUUCUUCGGCUCUCUGAUGGUGGCCCCGCUGGUAAACAAACUAGGAAGGAAGGGCACCCUCCUCUUCAACAACAUCUUCUCCAUCGUCCCAGCUGUGAUGAUGGGAGUCAGCGAGAUUGCCCAGUCCUAUGAGAUCAUCAUUGUGGCCAGGUUUAUAGUGGGCAUCUGUGCAGGUCUGUCAUCCAAUGUGGUGCCCAUGUAUCUGGGUGAACUCUCUCCUAAGAACCUGAGAGGAGCAAUAGGCAUCGUACCGCAGCUCUUCAUCACCAUUGGCAUCCUCAGUGCUCAAGUGCUGGGCAUCAGACACAUACUGGGAAACAGCACAGGCUGGACCCUCAUGCUGGGUUUGACCGGUAUCCCUGCCUUGAUAGAGCUCCUGCUGCUGCCUUUCUUCCCAGAGAGUCCUAGGUACACUCUCAUCCAGAAGGGAGAUGAGAAGACAGCAAAGAAAGCAUUACAGCGUCUGCGAGGCUGGGACGAUGUGGAUGGAGAGCUGUCAGAGAUGCAUCUGGAAAACCAGUCGGAGAGGGCAGAGGGCCGCCUCUCUGUGCUCUCCCUGCUGUCCCAGCGCUCCCUUCGCUGGCAGCUGGUCUCCAUCAUCAUUCUGAACAUGGGCCAGCAGCUGUCAGGGGUCAACGCGAUUUACUAUUAUGCAGACAGCAUAUAUGCCAGUGCAGGAGUCAAGCACAAUGACAUCCAGUAUGUGACUGUUGGAACAGGUGCAGUGAAUGUCUUCAUGACAAUAGCUGCUGUCUUCAUUGUGGAGGCCUCAGGACGGCGGCUGCUCCUCCUCUGUGGUUUUGGGAUCUGCUGUGCAGCCUGCGUGCUGCUCACUGUCGCUCUCAACUUCCAGGACAGUGUGACGUGGAUGCCUUAUGUCAGCAUCGCCUGUGUCAUCAUCUACGUCAUCGGACAUGCCAUAGGACCCAGUCCCAUCCCGUAUGUGGUGACCACUGAGAUGUUCAGGCAGUCGGCCAGGCCUGCUGCCUUCAUGGUCGCAGGUUCCGUGCACUGGCUCUCAAACUUCACUGUUGGCCUGGUCUUCCCCUUUCUAGAGAGAGGCUUGGGAUCCUACAGCUUUAUUAUUUUUUCCUUCGUCUGCCUGGCAACGCUUAUCUACAUCUGGCUGGUGGUUCCUGAGACCAAGAGCAAAACGUUCCUGGAGAUCAGCCAGAUGUUCGCCAAGAGGAAUAAAGUGGAAAUCAAGCUGGGAGAUGGGGAUCAGCCACUGAAAGAGAGCACAGAAACCCUGAAGGAUGCAGUGAAGGUCACAGCCUUUUGAAGACAAAUGAGAGCAUUCAGAUGGGAGGAAGUCUUCACUCCAUGGGUAGUUGUAAUGGACUGGAAGUGAUUUAAUUUUUUUAUUUGACUAGUAAUCUUUGUGCAAUCCCGUUUUUAAAAUUUGUAUGUGCCUGCUGGAAAAAACUAAUAUCUUACUGUGUAUUGGUGUUGUCAUUACAUACAGCCUUACAGAGGUGUGAACGAGUCAUUAAACAAACCAACAAGUCA